CACGGACGGACAGAGAGAGGGACACAGAGGGGGACAGAGACAGACAGACAGGUGUAUCAGACAGUGACGGUGAAGUUGUGUACAAACUGUUGUCAGUACACAGUGUGUAGGUGAUACUCGGUGUGUGUACUCAGUGUGUGAUGGAAGGAGUGUGUGAGGACGACAUCUGCUGGCUGCAGCUCGACGACUUCAGGAUGCUGCUCAUCAAAACCAUCGAACCCUCCAGAAUAACCCCGUACCUCCGACAGUGUCAGGUGAUCAGUGCUGAGGAUGAGGAGCAGCUCUUUAACGACCCGACUCUCGUCAUCAGGAGAAGAAAAGUCGGAGCCCUGCUGGACAUCCUGCAGAGGACGGGGAUCAAAGGUUACACGGCCUUCCUAGAGAGUCUGGAGCUGGACUAUCCUCAGCUGUACAGCCGCAUCACCGGGAAGGAGCCCAACAAGACCUUCAGCAUCCUCAUUGACACAGCAGGUGAGUCUGGUCUGACUCAGUUCCUGAUGUCAGAGCUCAGUCGUCUGCAGAGGGCCCUGCAGGAUGAGAGGAGGCGUCGUCAACAGGCCUGCUCCGUCGCUAAGGAACAGGAGGUGUGGUCUCGGCAGCAGCAGCUGAGGGACCGUGAGCUGAGGAAGCUGACUGAGCGCGUGCAGAAGGUUCGGGAGGAGCGGGACCGCCUGAGCGAGGAGGUGAAGCAGCUCAGAGAUCACAACUACAGUCUGAUGGCCGACAUCAACACUCUGAGCCAGGAGAAAAGCAACGCGCUGCUGGCCAACAGAGACCUGCAGAUAGAGGUGGAGCGGCUGAAACACACCGUGCUGCGAGCUGAAAGUCAGACUCGACUGCUGAGACGACGAACGCUGAGGCCGCUGCAGGAGGUAGAGACGCCCGCUUCGCUUGCUUUCAUCAGCCAAUCAAGCAGGAGUCUGGCUCUGCCCACAGAGACCUUCUUCCAUCCCAGCAGACUGGAGGAGCUGAAAGAGGAGAAACAGGACAGGCAGCAGGAGGAGAAAAAGGAGGAAAAGAAGGAGGAGAGUCCAGCUCCCCUUCAGAUGACCCUUCUCGCUACAGUGUUUGGACUGAGGAAAGACCUCCACAGAGCCGAGGAGCAGAGAGCCAAGAGCGUGGAGGAGAAGGAGGAGCUGGAGCUGCACUGCACUCAGCUGAAGGGAGACGCCCGAGUGUACCGUCAACGAAACAAACAAACCCUGAGACAGCUGGAGGAGGUGAUCAGAGAGAGAGACAAGGCUCUGUCGUCACGGGCGGAGCAGCAGGAGGAGGUGCGUCUGCUCCUGCAGGAGAAGGAUCAGUACAGAGAGCAGGUCAGACAGCUCACUGAGCAAUCUGAUAGGCUGGAGCUCCUCCUGCUGAGGUCACAGGCAGAGGAGCUACAACUGAGGACACGCCUCCGUAGACUCACCUGUAACACUCACCAGUGUGAGAGGAGUGUGAGCAGUGAGGAAGAGGAGGAGCAAACAGAGAACAUGGCUAAAGGCAGCAGUGAGGAGAUCCGUAGCGGGACGUCGGGGGAGAAUGAGGAGGCGGUGGCGGCAGCAGCGCUGCAAAAGCAUGACUCUCCUGAGGGAGGCGCCGCUGAAUGUGAACAGAAGCCCGGCACUGCUGCAUCAUGGGAGGAGGAGGAGACAGACGGCUGUCGGACUUCCAAAACGCGACCAAACUUCUUUUACCGCAGGAAGCGAGCGGUCAGGUCCAAGCUCGGCUCUAAGGAGUACACAGCCGGUAACCUUGACGACAGCAGUGGCAGUGACAUCACCGACUCUGACUGAACACAAGCUGCCAUCGUAUAAAGAAUCAAAGUGAAAUCACUUCUUUCACUUGUGUUUUAUAUUUCAGUCUGUUGCUUUCUGAUCUUCAGUCAGAUGAGAAAGAUGACGUACGUGAUCGAUUAUCGUUUGGGUUUGGAACGUUUCUCGUAUUCUCAUCCCGCCUAUCAUCAUGUGUAGGCACGUACAGACACAAUAAUUUAAAUAUACUAUACGAACGCUGCCAUCUUGUUCUCAUGAUGUUUCAGCCCCAUUUUAUACAUCAAAUAACUAAUUUAAACAAACUGAUCAGAAAAAUGAACACUUGAACAAACACCAGUGUGAUAAGGACUGCCUAAAAUGACAGAAACCAUCUUUAGAAAAAUGUUUUUGAUGUACACUUUGAAUUUUUAGUUUGGCCCAUCUGCCAACAUGAGCUGUACUGCAGCCAGCCACCAGGGGGCGUCCAGGUGGGCUGUCAGUCAUCUUUAUAUCCUGUCAGUGCUUUUAUCGCUUGCUUUCAUUCCUAACAUUUGAAUUGUGCUUCUACAUGUGUUCUUACCUGCGAGACAAACCUUUUCUGCAGGAAAUGUUGAUUCUUGACUAAUUUUUCUAUUAUAUAUUCACUCAUAAAUUUAUUAUAUCACAAAUUAAUCUGAGCAGCAGAAAAUAUAAAUAACAAGCAAAGGUAAAUAAAGAAAACAAAGGGAGCAGCACCUGAUCCACAAACUAACCGGUUGAUCCAGUGACUUUUACUUUUUCGUUGUUCACAUUAAACUUCAGUCACCA